AUGGGAAAAGCAUUCUCAACUUUUAGGGCGCGCAAAUCCAUCAGGUCUAAACGCGCUUCAUUUGCAUUUGAAAGCGUUCAAAAUGUACAAAAAGAUGCAGAACCUUUAAAAUAUUUCCUACCGAAUUUCAUAGAAGACACAGACAUAAUGGUAAUCUUACAUUUUCUUGAUCGAUACCUCUUUCAAAGCAACUUUAAUGCUCCGAUAGAAGAACAGUUGAUUGAUGGAAACUUUAAAAUCUUAGAUGCAUGUUGCGGGGCGGGAACUUGGGUAUUAGACAUGGCUUCGAUUUAUAAAUCCUCAAAUUUUAUUGGAAUUGAUUUGUGUCCUGUUUUCCCGACAGAAAUUAAACCUUAUAAUGUGGAAUUCGUGCAAGGUGAUAUUUUGGAAGGACUUCCAUUCGAAGACAACACUUUUGAUUACGUACAUCAAGGAAACAUGGUUGAAAUAUAUACAUUGGGUCAAUGGCGUUUUAUUACAAUGGAACUAAUUAGAGUGUGUAAACCAGGUGGAUACAUUGAAUUCACUGAACCUGAGUUAGGAAGUAAUCCUGGCCCAAUACUUUCAAAAUUUUAUGAUGCAUUGAUCGAAUUAAGCGAGUCUCGUAAUGUCAAAAUUCGAAUGUAUGAUAAUCUUAUUAGUAACUUGAACUCAAUACCAAUGGUGCAAAAUGUUGAAUCAGAAUUAAAGUGUAUUCCAUUGGGCUCAAGGAGAGGAGGGAAUGCUGGCCAUGAAUAUUUAGAAGUACAUAAUGGAUUUUUCUUAAAUGUACCUAUGCCUGAAACGAUGUGCAAAUUUAUGGGACUUUCGGUAGAACAAUAUUUAGAAAUGUUUAAAGAAGCUAGAAAAGAAGUUGCGGAUGGUAUUUCUCCAGAAUGUGAAGUAUAUCGAAUAUGGUGUCAAAAGAUAUAUGAGGAAGAUGAAUGA